CGUCACUCUUUGUUGUUGUGCUGCUUGUAUUGUUUACAAAGUACAUUACUUCAAUUUAUUAAUAUUUUAAUUGGUGAAACUAAUAUUUGAAGCACUUACAACGAUAGUUGAGAUAACAAUUAAAGAUACGUAAUUGUUUUAUCGUGUGUUCCGUUACUUGCUAGGUGAUAUUUAGUUUACGUGCCUCCGACAGUGCGCGCUAGACUUGUGUGUGAAAUAUUGCAACAAUAAAAAACAAUUACCUACGAAAAUGUUAGAUAAAGGUGCUGUUUAUUACCAAAAAGUAAAAGGACCAGCUCUAAUGUAUACAAAGUCGGUGCAAUGUAGUAAAAUUACGAACACAGUUAAGACUGUUGUGGCUUGUGGUGCACUUCUUGUUUUAGUUGCAACGACCUUGAUUCUAAUUCAACCUGAAUUACCAACUCGCAUCAUAAGCAAGGUCCCGACUUAUUUUUCAAUGAAAUCCUACUUUCGUGCUAAAACGUUUGCAAUUUUACGGGGACAGCAAUUAGGUAAAACUAAAUUACGAGCUUUACCACCUUUGAGUGAUGAGGAAAAGAAAAUAGUGUCAUGCUAUUACAAUACGCCCAGUGCUAACGGGACGGGCCAGCUGCUGCCCGCGGACAUCCACCCGCACCUGUGCACGCACAUCAACGUUGCCUUUGCCCGGGUCGUGAAUAAGGAAAUUCAUCUAGACGACGUACAGUAUCAAGCUCUACGUGAUAUUGUGAAACUUAAGAAAGUAAAUCCUGAUUUGAAAAUUUUGAUUUCUGUGGGAGGUUCUGGAAAUGAAGAUGGUUUCUCUGAUAUGGUUAUCAAUCAUGCAUCUAGAAAAGUGUUCAUAAGAUCUCUAAAAUGGUUACUACGGAACUAUACAUUAGAUGGAGUAGAUCUUGACUGGGAAUUUCCAGCUGUGCACCUGGACACAUUCAUCCUUGGAGGCAAACGGGAGAGACAACAUUUUUCUCAGUUAUUGUAUGAAAUUCGACGUGAAUACAUUAGAGAGAAAAGAGAUUACUUACUCACUGUGGCCGUUGCUGCUCCAGAAACAAUAGUUGAUAUUUCUUAUGAUAUUGAUCAAAUUAAUUUAUAUACCGACUAUGUGAAUGUUAUGACGUAUGACUUUCACUAUUUCACCAAAUACACUCCAUUCACUGGAUUUAACUCACCACUAUUCGCACGGCACGGGGAGCAAAUGUAUCUAGCCUCACUGAAUAUCAACUACACUGUCCACAUGUACUACAGCAAAGGGCUGAGUCUGAGUAAAAUCGUAGUCGGUAUACCCACUUAUGGCCACACUUUCACUCUCGUGAACCCUGGCAACACCAGAGUGGGGAGCCCGGCUUCUGGAUACGGCUCCCUCGGAGGCAUGGGCUUUGUCAGCUAUCCAGAAAUAUGUACAUUUGUAAAAAAAUUCAAAGAUGUCAUAAUUCAAGAGGACGUAGAGGCCAAAGUACCGUAUCUCUACAGAGGCCGGGAGUGGGUCUCGUUCGAGUCCCCGCAGAGCGUGGCGGCCAAGGCGGCCUACGUGCGCGCGGCGGGGCUGCGCGGCGCCAUGAUCUACUCGCUCAACGCCGACGACUACAGCGGCGUGUGCCGCGCUCGCGGCGGACAACUCAAAUUCCCACUACUUCAGUCUAUCAAGAAUUCCCUCUUUGGCAACGACACUGCGAAUUAGGCGCAAGCGACGAGAAAUGAAGAAAUUAGCGAGAACCAGCAACCAGUCAAGUGUGAAAAAUGAAUAUGAAACGACGGUGCAUGCGUUUUUUGAGUGGUUUACCUGUUUUUUCCUGGUCACAUAUGUAAUUUUGUACAUGGCGCAGGAUUUCAUAGUAAGAGUGUGCGUCAGGCGCUGCGGCGGGCGGCGUGGGGCGCUGUGA